AUGUUUCGACCAUGGGAAAUAUCAAAUAGUGCAUCUACAAGUGAUGAAAAUAGUGUUCAGCGUAGAAAAAGACAUUUAAGUUCAGACUCUCAAGACAUAGUUUUGAGUGUUUACAAUAAGCUUUUGAAACGCAUGGGUGAUAAGGGAGUGAUUAAAGAGACAUCGGAAUUAACAAACGUGCCUAUAAGAACUGUUUGUAGAAUAGUGUCAGCAGGAUCUAAUCAUCUUCCUCGUAAACGGACCAAGAUAAGUUAUAAAAGAAUUGAUAAUUUUACAGAGGAACAUGUGAGGAGGACUAUUUACAAUUUUUACCUCAACAAUGAGAUUCCAACGUUACGUAAGAUUUAUCAAUCAUUGAUGAGAAGUGAAGCUGGUUUUGAAUAUUCAGAAACUACACUCUGGAGACUAUUAAAAAAACUUGGAUUCAAGUAUGGAAAAUCAGAUGAAAGAAGAACUGUAAUGGAAAGUCCCCGACUUUUAUUACUAAGGGAAAAAUUUAUUAAUGAAAUACGUUAA